AUGCUCCUAGCUGCCGAAGAAAAUGCAGUCCCGAUUCUUGCGAGUAUCUACAACGAAUGUCUCAAAAACGAGAGAACUCCGACUUCGAUGUCAGACUCAAUAGUCCGCCUACUUCACAAGAAAGGGAGCUGCCUUGACAUCGGAAACUACCGACCUGUAGCCUUGAUGUCGACUAUCCACAAAAUCUUCACCUCCAUCCUAAGAAGACGGGCAGAACGGUCUCUGGAAGAAGCACAACCUAUCGAACAAACGGGAUUCCGACCUGGAUACUCGACCUCAGAAAACACACUGGUCGUCUCCGAAAUGAUCCAGAAGUCACACGAAUAUCGCUUCCCAUUAUUUUUGAUGUUCAUCGAUUAUAAGAAGGCGUUCGUUAGCGUGGAAUUCGGAUCCCUUUGGACGGCUCUAAGCGAAUUUGGCGUUCAUUCGAAAAUAGUUAACACGCUCAAGAACAUCUACGACGAAGCGAAAGUGUCUGUCCGAAUCCGCGGGCACGACGUCCCAGUACAAAUUGGAAGAGGCGUGCGGCAAGGCGACACUAUUUCGCCCAACCUACUCUUGAGCAUGUAUUUCGAAGACUCGACUGGAGUGAACAUGGGAUCUCCGUUAACGGGACGCCUCUCACACACCUCCGUUUUGCUGACGACAUCGUUUUGUUCGCUUCAAGUUCGAAGAAAUUAG